UUCAUUCAGUUGGAACAUCACUCGUACUUUCUCCAAAACAAAACCAGCAAUGUCUCAACAAGGUCAAAUUCCGAUAAACACCAUGGUUCCUCAGCCGAAUCAAAUCCCACCAUUCCCUCCACAGCAUCCCAUGCACAUACCCAACAUGCACAUGCCCAACAUGCGCAUGCCUAUGCCGAUGCACAUACCCAUGCAUAUGCAAAUGCCAUAUCACAUGCCACUCCGGGUCCCUUACUCCACUCAAGACGCCGCAGGAUACCCCGCACAUGGGAAGCGCCGCCGAGAGGAAGAAGAUCCGGGUGUCUCCGUCUCCGCAGAGCUAUCGGCGGCCAAACGCGUGAAGGGUCAGGAUGUGAUAUUCAGGAUCGUCGUGCCGUCUCGGCAGAUCGGUAAGGUUAUCGGAAAAGAAGGUUGCCGGAUACAGAAGAUUCGGGAAGAGACCAAAGCUAACAUCAAAAUUGCUGACGCUAUUGCUAUUUAUGAAGAGCGUGUUAUCAUUAUUAGUUCUAAAGACAAUGAUGAAAUGGUUACUUGUGCAGAAAAAGCUUUAGAGCAGAUAGCCAAAUUAAUUUUAAAGGAAGAUGGUAGCAGUCUUGAUACGUCAAGGGUUAAUGCCGGGCACGUGGCUGCCAAUACAAUAAGACUUUUGAUUGCUGGGUCCCAGGCAGGUGGAUUGAUUGGGAUGUCGGGUCAAAACAUUGAGAAGUUACGGAACUCUUCUGGUGCCAUGAUUUCUGUACUUGCACCUAGUCAGUUGCCUUUGUGUGCUUCUGCACAUGAAUCUGAUCGAGUAGUACAGUUAUCAGGAGAUGUUUCCACAGUAAUGAAGGCAUUGGAGGAGAUAGGUAUCCAAUUAAGGGAAAACCCCCCAAGACAAGUGAUUUCAAUCAGCCCAACAUACAAUUACGCUGCAGUUCGACCAUCCCAGCCAUAUCUUGACCCAAAUUCAGUUGAUUAUGUUACAUUCGAGAUGCUGAUUUCGGAAACAAUGGUUGGUGGGUUGAUUGGCAGAAGCGGCUCAAACAUAUCAAGAAUCAGAAAUGAGUCUGGAGCAAUGAUCAAGGUUUAUGGUGGAAAAGGUGAACAGAAGCAUAGGCAGAUUCAAUUUGGUGGCAGUGCCCAACAGGUAGCCUUGGCAAAACAGAGAGUUGAUGAAUAUAUAUACUCUCAGUUGAUACAACAAUCUGAUACCUAAUAAUCAGCGUAAGUAUUUGAGAAUUUGGUAAAUUGAAACUGUAAAUUUUGUAGUCAACAAGAAACAUUGUUGUAAUAAGUCAAUAACAAAGGUUCUUCAAUUUAUGUAGAAGCUUAUGAUCUCAAUUUUAGAGGUGACAUCUUUCGUAGUGUAGUGUAAACAUGUAAGAACAGAAGAUUAAAAUUUAAUUGUUAUUUUAAA